CAAGAAGCCAUUCCCAUUGGAUUGGAAAGAGCACCAAAUAAGCUCUGUGGUAUCAUUGUCCACUACUAGUACAAAAUAAUCACAAUCUUGAUGAUCAUCGCUUCUGACAAAAAAUUAAAUCGGUCACAGCUAGCGAAGAUGGACCCAUUUCGCGACCUUUCAAUCUGGUUCCUCUGCUGUGUGCCCCCGCCGAUAUCAACCCCAAAACAAUUCUCUCUCUCUCUCUCUCUCUCUCUCUCUCUCUCUCACAGUGUCUCAGAUCAUCUGCAGAGAAGCAUAUAAAGCUCUUGAAGAAGGAAGAAAGGAAGGAGGCUGAGAAAUAUGCCGGGGAUGACAGCGCCGUCGGAUUACUCGCAAGAACCUCCUCGUCAUCCUUGUCUUAAAAUUAAUGCCAAGGAGCCCUUUAAUGCCGAGCCACCUCGUUCAGCAUUGGUUUCCUCGUACAUGACUCCCGUGGAUUUUUUCUACAAGAGAAAUCAUGGGCCAAUCCCAAUAGUUGAUGACAUAGAAAGAUAUUGUGUUUCUGUAACUGGUUUAAUUGACAAUCCCAAACAGCUGUUCAUGAAAGAUAUAUGGAACCUUCCAAAAUACAAUAUCACUGCCACUUUACAGUGCGCUGGUAACAGGAGGACUGCUAUGAGCAAAACCAGAACAGUGAAAGGUGUUGGCUGGGAUGUUUCUGCUAUUGGAAAUGCUGUCUGGGGUGGGGCAAAAUUGGUAGAUGUUCUUGAACUUCUUGGGAUACCCAAGUUGACAAGUGCCACAUCAUCAGGUGGAAAGCAUGUUGAAUUUGUCAGCAUUGAUAAGUGCAAGGAGGAGAAUGGGGGUCCGUAUAAGGCAUCAAUUCCAUUAUCUCAGGCCACAAACCCUGAAGCUGAUGUUUUACUCGCAUAUGAGAUGAAUGGAGUGCCUUUAAACAGGGAUCAUGGGUAUCCAUUACGUGUAGUUGUCCCUGGUAUUAUAGGUGCCCGUUCCGUUAAGUGGCUGGAUUCCAUCAACAUAAUUGCUGAAGAGUGCCAGGGCUUCUUUAUGCAAAAAGACUAUAAAAUGUUUCCACCUUCAGUUAAUUGGGAUAAUAUUGAUUGGUCUACCAGAAGGCCACAAAUGGAUUUCCCCGUUCAGUGUGUAAUAUGUUCCUUAGAGGACGUGAACAUUGUAAAGCAUGGAAAGAUAACCGUCAAGGGAUAUGCAGUAUCAGGAGGUGGCCGUGGAAUUGAGAGAGUAGAUGUAUCCAUUGAUCGUGGCAGAACCUGGGUGGAAGCAUCCAGAUACCAGAAGGCGGGCAUUCCAUACAUUGCUGAUAAUGCAAGUAGUGACAAAUGGGCCUGGGUGUUUUUUGAGGCAAACGUUGAUGUCCCUAUGACUGCUGAGAUAGUUGCUAAAGCGGGGAAGAGAGAGAGAGAUAUUGUAAAAGUCACCAUCAAGUGGGAACGAUCAGAUUGGUGACAGCCUGCUGAUUUCUGUCAAGAUCAACAUGAACUCAUCAAAUUGGUUACAAUAUGUGAACCUGUUGUUGACCCAAUAACCUUUUGGCCCUGGUAUGGCCAGCACUUCGUUUGCAGGCCAUGUGGUACCUAUUGAUUUGUCAACCUGGAAGUUAGGUUCAAGUCCCUUUGUAGGGUUUGGUUUGGUUUGGUUUGGUUUGGUUUUCAGCAGGGGGUGGGUCUGGUCUGGUUUGGUUUGGUUUCCAAUGGUGUGCCAUAACAGUAAACAUGGCAUAGACAAAAAGACAGCAAAGUAGACAGAAAGACCUAAUUGUGGCUACUUAAGAGCAUCUGCAUCAGGCUCUCUACAAUAGCUUUGAAGCUAUUGUAGACCAUCAGCAUCAAAUCCUUCCUCCAUCAGUCUCAACAAUUUUUUUGUAAAUUAACGUUUUGUUAAAUUUGCUACAGUACCUCAACAAAAAUAAAGAGGCACUGUCCAUUAGCUACAUUAUUUUUUAUUAUAUUUUCUAGAGCAAA